UGGUCGUAUGAUUCACACUCUUGAUCGCAGAGAGGGUCAUUAUUGGUGUGUUUUUGUAAUCCAUGCCGUUGUCUACGAUCUACUGUCCAAUGCCUGAGCUCUUCUGAAUCUGAUUGCCUCCCAAGAAAGGUAUCGAGCAUGCCAAUGUUGUCGAGGUCUUCUAAAUCUUUUGCCUCCCAUGACAGCACAGAGACCCAGAAUGCAGCGAUUCGACCUCUAAGGUUUUCCAGGAUAUAAAUUCCCACCCACUGAUCUGCUCGUUUCCCACAACUCGCCUCCUCGUCUUAGCUCAGCCCAUCGCCCUCAGCGGAAGCAGGACUUGAUGGCUGCGCCCGCUCCUCUGCUCGUCGUCCUCCUCGGCCUGACAUUAUUGCCACUGCUCUUCUUCCCCGGUGCAGCCGGCGAGGUGGGCGUGUGCUGGGGGACUAAUGGGGACAACAUACCGACCCCGGUGCAGAAGCGGGCGAGGUGGGCGUGUGCUGGGGGACUGUGGCGGACAACCUGCCGAGCCCAGCGGCGGUGGUGCAGCUGCUGAAGCGGCAAAGCAUCACGAUGGUGAGGAUCUACGACACCGACCGUGGGGUGAUCAGAGCUCUGGCCAACACCGGCAUCAAGCUCAUGGUGUCGCUGCCCAACGAGCAGCUGGCCUCCGCGGCCUCCAGCCCGCCGUUCGCGCGCCAGUGGGUGCAGGACAACGUGGCGGCGUUCUACCCCACCACGCGGAUCAACGGCGUCGCCGUGGGGAACGAGGUGUUCGACAUGGCCAAGGGCCUGACCCAGCAGCUCGUCCCGGCCAUGAGGAACGUGCAGGCGGCGCUGGCUGGCCUGGGCCUCGACGGCGCCAUCAAGGUGUCCACGCCGGUGGCGUUCACCGCGCUCAAGAAGUCGUGGCCGCCGUCGGAGGGCGCGUUCCAGGACGACAUCGCGCAGUCCGUGAUGAGGCCCAUGGUCGCCUUCUUGAGGCAGACGGGCUCGCCCUUCAUGAUCAACGUCUACCCAUUCAGGGCCUACUUGGACGACCCACAGCACAUCAGCGUCGCGUACUGGACGUUCCAGCCCAACGACGGCGUGGUCGACCCCGACACCGGCCGCAGGUACUACAACCUCUACGACGCCCAGAUGGAUGCCGUCCGCUACGCGAUACGGAGCGUGUCGCCUGGUAGCGUCAGGGCCUCGGUGACGACCCAAGACGCAGGUGGGAACGACGACGACAUACUGCUGACCAGUUCAGAAAUCGGGUGCUCCGAUUGGAAGAUCCCAAAGAAACAUUGCAAAAACUUCGCCAACGGGCUCAUCGCGCACACGCUAGGCGCCAGCUCCGCUCGUGCCAAGCACACCAGCGGCCUCCUCGACAGCGUCGGCGCCGGCGCCGGCGCCACCUCCGCGUACAUAUUUGCUCUCUUCAACGAGGACAAGAAGAGCGACGACUCGGAGCGCAACUUCGGGCUGUUCUACCCCGACAUGCAGCCGGUGUACGACGUCGACUUCGUCCACGGCAGCGGCCCCGUGACCCCGGCGCCGGCGCCGGCGAGCAGCUGGUGCGUGGCGAACGCGGGGGUCGGGGACGCGCGGCUGCAGGCGGCGCUGGACUACGCGUGCGGCCACGGCGCGGACUGCGGCGCCAUCCAGCCCGGCGCGCGGUGCUUCAGCCCGGACACCAAGGUCGCGCACGCCACCUACGCCAUGAACGACUACUACCAGCGCCAUGGGCGAGCAAGCCAGGCUUGCGACUUCAACGGCGCCGGCUCCAUUGUCUACCAGCAGCCAAGCAUAUGCGACCCGAGCCAGGCGGCGAGCUGGUGCGUGGCGAGAGCGGAGGUCGGCGACGCGCGGCUGCAGGCGGCGCUGGACUGGGCGUGCGGACACGGCGCGGACUGCAGCGCCAUCCAGCGCGGCGGCCGGUGCUUCGAUCCGGAUACCAAGGUGUCGCACGCGUCCUACGCGUUCAACGACUACUACCAGCGCAAUGGGCGAGCAAGCCAAGCGUGCAACUUCAACGGCGCCGGCUCCAUCGUGUACCAGGCACCAAAGAUAGGCAACUGCCAGCUUUAAUCUAAGGCUUGGUGUCAAGGAAUGAUAGCGGAUACUGAAGACUAUGCUACAUGGCUACCCGCAUCUUGCAUUCUUUAUAGCUGAGAUAUAUGGAACAGAUAAAGAAAUAUAAACAUCUUUAUUAUUGUCUGACAAGUGACAAUAAGAAGUACACCCGUGCCACUGACGGAGAAAAACUAAAUUGAUGUAAUAAUAAUUAUUGUUGGAAUAAAUUAGGUUAAGACCAUAA